CAAUACAAACUUCAGAAACUAAAUUCUUCAACAAAAAAUCUAUUAUCUUCCUCUGUGGCCACAACAAAUCACUCUUCCUUCUUCUGCUGUAGUCCAAUCUGGAUCUGCAAUGAAACCAUCUUCAGGAAGGACUGAUAACCAAAGGAACAACAAAUUUGAAACAAUCAUUUGUCCUGAUGAGGACAAAAUUGAAAUACCAAGGAGUUUCAUUGAGGAAUGGAAACAUGAACUGCUCAAAAUACAACAUGCCAGAAUAACUACAGCUGAUAAAUCAUCGAUAAUAAGUUUAUGUUUAACCGAUAAGGAAGGUUUCAUAUAUUCUGCGCGUAUGUUAGCUGAAGUAUUUGGUUUCCAAAAACCAACUAAAGUGAUUCUGGAUUAUAACAUUAGUGAUGAUGAGUUCCAAAUGACGGUGAUUGCAACUAUCGAUCAUAGUAAUCGGCCAACAACAUUCGAAACUAUCAUCAAUCCAUCUGAGAGGAACAUUCACAUCCCAAUUGAUUUCUAUCAACAAUGGGAAAGGGAAUUGAAUCGACUUAGCUAUGGUCAGAUUGUGUGCAAUGAUACAUCAGUACCUGUGUAUUUUCAAUUCAAAGACACUGAUAAAGUUAUGUUUGGAAAUGAUAUUUGCUAUACUUUUGGAUUGAAAAAACCGACAAAAGUGUGUCUAGAGUAUACAAUUACAAACAAUCAGUUUUCAUUGACUUUCAUUGAAUCAUUUGAUGAUCAAUCAAAUGCAUCGACUGAAGUUUUUGAAGAAGGCUUAAAUGAUGAUGAAUCUGAUGAGGGAACCAUAAUCUUGGACAAUGUUGAAGAAGAUGAAGAUUCUGAUGAGCCUCAAGAUGAUGUUCAAAAUCUAAACAAUCAAGAGGCUGUGGAUGCUGAUGAAGAACCAAUUGAAUGGAAUAAAAUAGUUACCACAUCAAUGGCUAAACUUUCAAAAAACCAAGUUCUGCACUUUCCAAAUGCUCUUUCAAGAGGUGUACUUUCACAAGCAACCUUUCUUGACUUGAUAUCGGAAGAUAUAGAUUUUCAUUAUCGAUGCCCUAUUCAUACUUCGGAAAUAUCACAAAAUAUGGGAGCAAUUGAAAAAUUUAUUGGCGACGGCUGGUAUGCUUAUAUGCUUAAUCAAAGGCCAAGACCCGGUGACACCUUCUUAUUUCAGCUAUUUCCGGAUACAUUUGAACUCUUUGUUACACUUCAGCGUCGCAAUUAAAGGGACAUCACGAGGAUAAAUAACAAGUUAUGCUUUUGAUGUACUGCAUUUUAUAAAUCAUCAAACUUUUUGAUCAAUAUGUAAAUUAUGUAUUUC